GACUGUAUUUGUGUUUCAGGAGGAGAGUGACAGGGAGAAGUCUGUUGCUCUGGAGGAGCUGGAAAGGACUUUAAGACAGCAGCACGAAGAAACUGAACUUGCCUACAGAGACCAGAUGAGCCAACUCGCCACACAACUACAGCAACUGGACACUGUAGUGUCACAGCUUCGUACAGAGGUGAGUGGACUACAGGUGAAGCUCGAGGGAAAGCGGGCAGAGAUGGAAACGCUGGAGACGCUCCUGCAGCGCAGAGACCGGGAGAACCAGGAGGGAGACAAUCUGCUAGCCAUGCUUAGAGCAGACCUCAACACGGCCACACAGCAAAGACAAGACAUGCGAAAAGCUCGUGACAAACUGCAGCAAAUGCUCAUAGAUAUGCUUCGGGUUACAGUCGCAACAGAGGAGCACAUCAGCCGCAAGUUAGGGGCAUGUGUAACAGGUGGCCCCCCUGGAGAUGAAACAUCCAACACUAGGACAGCCAGGAGUAAUCGUGACUCACAUGAAACGGGAGAUCUGGCCGGCAUGGAUGGAGAUGUUGACUGCAGUGCUUGGUCGUCGGUGGUGGACGAGGGGCUGGAGUUGUCUCAGAGGCUGUUGGAGAGUGUGUUUUCUGGGCAGGAGGGAGAGAUGGAGGCAGAAGGAGAAGAGCUCAUGCUGGGAGCCUGCACACGCCUGCGCACUGCCGUGGAUAAAGUACUGGAGCUGCUCUCGGAGUCCUCACAGCAGUUGGAGCAGAUGUGUGGUCUGCAGGUUGCGCUGGACGAGCGGUUCAGAGAUGGAGGUGAGGUCAGAGCAUCUCUGCUGCUUCAGAACUCUCAUCUCCUGGAGCAGUUGGAUCAUGAGGCCAGUCUGAAGAGCCAACUACAGCUGGAGUUGCACAAGGCUGAAGGUCUGAUGGAAGGCUAUGUAGCUGAGAAGGCCGCUCUGGAGGAGGCUCUCCAGCAGAAGGAGACGAAGGAGCAGCGUCUGGCGGAGGAGUUGGAGAGCACUCGGAUCCAACUGAAGGAGGUCAGCGAAAAUCACGCCCUCCUCCUGCGUCAGAGAGAAGCCCUCGCUGUGGGUCUUGGAGACACUGAGAAGGGCUUCCUCGAUGCCGAGGAAGAGACAGCUCUGCUGGCAGAGGCUGAGCGUCUGGGGCAGGAGUGUGUGGAGGUGCAGAGGCAGGCCGAGAAGGACUGCGGUGGGUUGGCGUCUCAGCUGCGGAUCCUGGAGCAGACCCUGGAAGAGCAGGAGAGCCGCACACAUCAGCUGGAGGAACAGCACCACCUGCAGACUGAAGACCUGCAGCAACACAUUGAUGCUCUGGAGAAACAACUCAAACAUCAUCGCCAGUUCAUAGAUGAACAAGCGGUGGAAAGGGAACAUGAGAGAGAUGAAUUCCAGCAGGAAAUCAAGAAUCUGGAAGCUCAGCUGAGACAGCCGUCUAAAGGACACGCAGGAGGGGACCGCAAAGGUCAAAGGAUUGAGGACUUAGUUCUUCAGGUGGAGAGCCUUCAGGCUCUGAUUAUAGAUAAGAUGGAAGACUACAACGUGCUAUUGUCAGCAAAAGAGCAGUGUCAACGUGAUGUGGAAGAGCGCAAUGAGGAGAUCGAAAAACUUGCGACUCGUAUCCGUGAGCUGGAGCAGGCGUUACUGAGCAGUGCGGAGGCCAGCAAGACUGUCACACAGCUGGAGCAAGAACUUCAGAAAACGUGCAAGAGUCUUCAGGAGCUCACUCAGGAUAAAGAAGCAUUGCAACAACAGCAGUAUGCCAAUAAGCUUCAGAUUUCUGCUCUGCAGUCUAAACUCGAUGAGACCAGACACUGUUUCCCUGAUGUGAACUCUGACCCCAACCUCCGGGAACAGCUGGAAGCUACACAACAGGAUCUGCAGAACAGAGAGCAACAGGUGGAGUUGCUGUCGGAGCGUGUAGGUGAGCUUGAGAAAGAUGUAGAACUGAGGGAGGAAGAGAUCAGACAGCUCGUACUACAGCUGGAGCUCAAAAGCAGAGAGAGCAGAGCUACAGAGGAUCAACUCCAUGCUCACAUUACACACUUACAGGAGACCGUUGACACUCUGACCAGACGGCUAGAGGAGGGGAAUGAUGAGUCUAUCCUUCAGCUUCCUUCUGCUCUUCUAGAGGAGAAGAAUCAAGAGAUUGACCACUUAAACCAGCAGAUCCUCCAGCUGCAGCAGGAGCUGGAAAUGACCAACGAUAAUAAAACUCUUGAAGAAAAGCAGGCUGAGAUCGAAGAGCUGCGAUCUCUGGUCGAACGUCUUCGUGGCGAUCAGGAACGUUUGCUCCAUGCCAAGGAAGAAGAGGCAGAGCAGCUCCAUGAGGUCAUCAACAAGCUUCAAGAGGAGCUAAGCCAGCUUGACCCCAACCAUCAUGACGUCAAUGACCCCAUCACUGACAGCCCGGAGUCCUCAGACUUCCCCUGGUCCCCUCGACCUCGCCAGCAGAGGGCAACAGAGGAGAGCCUGUGUCAGGAGCUCAACAGCCAUACCCUCCAGUUGGCUAGCGCUCGUUUACAGGAGUUACAGGUUGAGCUGGAACGUGCCGCCGGAGAGAGGGAAGCUCUUCAAAGACUGCUGCUGUCCCAGGAGGAACAGUAUGGGAGUCAAGUGGAGGCACUUAGCCACAGUCUGGGAGAGGAAAGAGGGAAAGUGGCAAUGCUGGAACAGGAGGCAGAGGAGCUCAAACUCCAGCUAGAGGAGAAACGAGCAGAGACCGAGAGAUUGACUGACCGAGUGGAAGAGUUGGAAGAUAAAGAGCAAACUCGCCAGUCCGACAUGAGAGAAUCAGAGCUCAAGUUGAGAAGGGUAGAGGAGAGGAGAGAGAAGGCGCAGCAGGAGCUUGACAGGCUGCAGAAGGAGGUGCAGAGGCAGAGAGUGGAGAAGGUGCAGCUGGAAAGCCAGGUCUCCAAGCUACAGCACAGAGAGGAGGAGGAUCAGAAGGAGAUUGCUGCUUUGCGGUCCAAACUCAAGGAACUUGAGGAGUAUGUCCAAGCAUGCAGAGGUAACAUCAUCGCCUUGGAGACAGGGAAAACGGAACUGUCCAUGGAGAGAGAGGCUCUGAGGAAGCGUGAGGGAUGUCUCCAAGAGGAAAUAGAGCACUUGAAACAGGAAGUGACUUUAAAGACAAACUAUAUAGAAGAGCUAUAUGAGCAGCAGGAGGAGACAGUUGCAAAACAAGGGGAAUCCCAGAAAGAAGUAUUGUGAAAUGACAGCAGACAAAAAAGGAUGUACAAGAACAGGAAGAUUUAGCCCAACCCUCUCAGCUCUCUGCUGAUCUGGCUCACAAGACAACAACUCGUACAGGAAGUACAUUUGCAGAAAGGGGAAGCUUCAGUUUAAUGUUUUUAAACUGUGUACCUUA